ACUAUAUAAAAGAAUGGCUUUAUUACAACGGACGUUCGCCAGCAAUAACAAUAGUCUCCGGACGUCAUCCAAAAAUGGCAACCGUAAUUUUGACGACGCUGCUGAUUGUUGUUGCACAACUGAGCAUUUUAAGAGCUCAGUAUAUUCGCCAUACAUUGUGCGCCCAGCUACAUGGGGGAAUCUGUCAAACGUCAUGUGGUUCCCCAGUAUCACAACAGCCGAAUACAAUUGCCAGCCUGUGCACUGUUGGAGUGUGCUGUCAGCAAGCUGAUGGAACUUGGUCACAAUGGUCCGCUUGGAGCACGUGCUCUGUCACGUGUGGACAAGGUGAACGGAGGAGAUCCCGCACGUGCAUCUCGGGAUUCUGUUCCGGGCAAGAUUUCCAAAUACAACAAUGCGCAGAAAACCCGUGUUCUACAAGUGCCCCGGAAUGGGGGUCAUGGCGUGAGUGGAGUUCCUGCUCUGAGAGCUGUGGUUCAGGACUGAGGGUCAGAGUUCGUACUUGUCCUGAUAACAGAUGUGUCGGAGCCCGCUUUGAGACCCAGGCCUGCUCCAACGACUGCCGCACAACAACCACAACACAGUCCACAGUGUCUUCAGCCUGGGCAUCAUGGCGAGAAUGGGAGUCGUGUUCGGCGACAUGUGGUAUCGGUUUUAGACGGCGAGACCGCCAGUGUGACGGACAAGGAUGUAUUGGUCCGAACAAUGAUUUUGAUUCCUGUAACGACGGCGAUUGCUCAACUACAUCGACGUCAUCGUGGUCUGCUUGGACGGAGUGGGAGUCGUGUUCGGCGACAUGUGGCAUCGGUUUGAGACGGCGAGACCGCCAAUGUGACGGACAGGGAUGUAUUGGUCCGAGUAAUGAUUUUGAUACCUGUAACAAUGGAGAAUGCGCACUGAGCUCCAGAGCGUCAUCCCCAGCGAAUGGAAGAGAACCAACAACUGGAAAAAACUGUAGAUCGAUGUCAGUAAGGGCGCUUGGCAUUUCCCACGUGGCUUCAUGUCAGGAAAACCCUUGGAUAGUCUACUUCAACUUGAAUGGCAGUAUCCAAGACAAUCCUGUCCUGCAGCCAAUCUGCCAUGGAGUCUUGCUGACAGAUAGAGCUAUACUGACGACCAGGAUAUGCGGGGAUUCUUGA